AUGGUCUUUUCCAUCAGUGCCACCAUCUUCCUGACCCUCUUCUGCUACCUCUGGAAUGCAGAGGCUCGAAGCUACGAAUCCAUCCUCGCAGUGCAAAAUGGAGGGCCAUGGGGUCACUGGGGAAAGAAAGCGUUUUGUGCUCAGGGUUCUGCGAUCGGUUUUGCACUCAAGGUGGAGCCCUAUCAAGGUGGUGAAAAGGCGGAAGAUGAUACAUCCCUGAAUGGCAUUCGCCUGAUCUGCAAAGAUAACUCAUUCGUUUCAUCUGCAUUUGGGCAGUGGGGUGCUUGGACUGAGAUUCAUUAUUGCCCGAAACCAUACAAACUGGUGUCCUUUGCUCUGAGAAUUGAAAUCCCCCAAGGCCUUGGGGAUGACACAGGAGCCAACAAUAUCUAUUUCAUAUGCAAUGAUGGGACAAUGCUGAGGGGCAACUCCCACAGAUGGGGCCAUUUUGGCCCAUGGAGCCCUUUCUGUAAUUCCGGUACCUCUAUUUGUGGACUCCAGACAAAGGUGGAGGUUCCACAAGGCAUUGAUGAUGACACUGCACUGAAUGACGUGAAGUUCUUCUGCUGUUUGGAUGAAUGA